GCAAAAACUAAAGAAGAAAAUAGUUAAGGCAAUGGAAACUAGGCUAGUCCAGAUUACGGACUCAAAGUCAUGGGAAAAAGUAAAAUGCAAAAAUACGGAAAAGGAUCCAUUCAAAGAGCAAUUCAAGCCAAUGACAUUGGACCCGGCUAGCUACUUCUUGCUAGCUUACAUUAUAGAGCCAUUAAGGGAAAUGGACUAG